AUGCAACUCCUCCAUACCCAUCUUUCUUUCUUUGCAUUCUUCGAGAUACUCAGAUAUGAAGUCAUCAGUAGGAUGCACAAUAUUAUUGGCAGUAACAGUUCUGGUGGUGAUCUUGGCCGGAUCUCAGAUUGCCACGGCGGCCACCUGCUCAGUGACGCAGCUAUCACCAUGUCUGCCGGCGUUCACAUCAUCAUCAAGACCAUCGGCACAGUGUUGCUCCAAGCUGAAACAGCAGCGCCCAUGCCUGUGCGGAUCUUUUUGGUCUUUUCUGUCUGCACGGUGCAUACCACACGCAGACAUUAG